AAAUGAAUCUCGUUGAUGAGAAAGAUGAGAAGCCAACGCGAUGGGAAAAAUGUGUAGAAUUUAUAAUGUUCCAUUUUCGAUGGGUUUUUGUGGUUCCGUUCCUGCUCCCUUUGUCCUUCCUCUUCAACACGGUUUUUGAUUUUCGGAAUCGUAUCGUUCAUGCGGUCAACUCUGCGCCAAACGCACACGUUAGAAAAGUUAAGCACAUUCAGGAACAACUGAAAGAAUGGAACGAUAACGGGCGAAAGAGCAAGUUAGUAAAUGCUCGACCAGGAUGGCUUACAAUGAGUUUCAGGUUUCCUCUUUAUAAGGAAAAUGCGACAAAAAUCGCGACAGACAAGCUGUUUGAUAUUCUCGAUCUUGAUGUAGAGAAGAUGACAGUGAAAGCGGAGCCAGGAGUAACUAUGGGUCAACUGUCUCAAUAUUUGAUUUCUCGUGGUUAUACACUACCAGUACUUCCGGAACUCGAUGAUCUAACUGUUGGAGGGCUUAUCAAUGGAUGUGGAGUUGAGUCGGGCUCUUUCAAAUAUGGAAUGUUCCAGCAUAUCUGUACUGGAUACGAAGUAGUUAUGUCAGAUGGUGAACUCAAGAACGUGUAUCCGGACUCUGCGGCAAAGACGGAGCAGGCGAAACAGGAUAAUUCUUUGUUCUUUGCAAUUCCCUGGAGUCAAGGAACCAUUUGCUUCUUGGUGGCCGCAACGAUUAAAAUCAUUCCCUGCAAGAAAUAUGUAAAACUCACGUACAAGAAGACUGAGACUUUGAGUGAAAUGUGCGAGCAGCUAACCGAGGAUAGUGAUAGAAACUCGGAGAAUGUCGAUUUCGUAGAAGCACUGAUGUUCAACAAAGAAAAAGGAUGUAUAAUGCUUGGAGAAUUUUCUGAUGGCCCAGACACUCACGAUGAAGUCGUCAACCCAAUUGGAAGGUGGUACAAAAAAUGGUUCUACACUCACGUUGAAGAUUUGAUCAAUAAAAAGCACGAAUCCAUUGAGUACAUUCCACUCCGUGACUACUACCAUCGUCACUCAAAGAGCAUUUUCUGGGAGCUCAGAGACAUCGUCCCAUUCGGAAACAAUGUCCUGUUUCGUUACUUGAUGGCUUGGAUGUGCCCCCCAAAGAUUGCAUUUUUAAAGGCAACAACUCCAAACGUUUUAAGAAAGCUGUACGAUCGUAGUCAUGUUUUGCAAGAUAUGCUUGUACCACUGGAUAAGUUGGAAGAGUGCAUCGAUCUUUUUCACAAAGAAGUCGAAAUCUAUCCAAUGUGGUUGUGCCCAUUCUACUUGAAAUCCCAACCAGGUCUCAUGAAAUUGAGAAAUGCUACUCACAAGAUGUACGUGGAUGUUGGAGCGUAUGGAGUAACAUCCAAGGAUGGUUAUCAUCACGAGAGAACAACACGGCGACUGGAAUCGUUUGUUCGAUCAGUCAAUGGAUUCCAAAUGACAUAUGCCGACAUUUACAUGACACGAGCUGAGUACGCUGAAAUGUUUGACAGAACACUCUAUGAUUGGAAAAGAGCAUCUUGCAAAUGUAUCGAUGCGUUCCCAGAUAUUUACGAUAAAAUUUGCAGAAGUGGAAGGCGUUAAAAUUUUUUAUUUAAAGGUGGACUAUGCGAGAAAUGAUUAAAAAUUAAUCCUAUGAUGUUAAAAUGACCAAAUAUCAUUUUUAAAAAAGUUUAAAAGGUUUCACGUUUUGAUAAGACAUGAAAAAUUUUCCAAAACUUUUAUUCUGCUAUUUGGUGAUUUUUGCACAAUAUCAAUGAGGCUUAAUCACUUCUACAUUGUUCGCAGUUCACUUUUUUGAAUUGAUAGUCAUUGCUCGAUUGUUUUUCUCAUCUCAAUUACUUCAUUGUACUGCUUAAAUUUUAUCAUUUUACAGGCUCAAUUUUCAGAAACGGCGUACAAUUUUUGUUGGUCUUCAUUUUCAUAAGUUUACAAAUCAAUUAAUUUAACUAAAUACAUUACCAUGCAGAAUAAAUUUAAAAACAAAUUU